CUCUUAAAACUAUGUCUCUCACAUGGGGAGUUUCAUUCUACCGGCGAUGGCAAGCGGUGGCAGCUGCAAGGAGAACCACCCUCACGUAGCUCUCCUUCCAAGCGCUGGAAUGGGUCAUCUCACACCCUUCCUUCGUCUAGCUGCAACGAUGGCUGCCCGUGGUUGUACAGUGACUCUCAUCACUCCUCAUCCAACCGUCUCCCUUGCUGAAUCCCAACACAUCACCCACUUCCUCUUCACUCACCCUCAUGUCCACCGCCUUGAUUUCCAUAUCCUCCCCAUUGAUGAACCCAUUACUGCCAACUCCACUAAUACUGACCCUUUCUUCCUCCAAUUUGAAGCCAUUCAACGCUCAGCCCACCUUCUCCCUCCUCUCCUCUCUUCAUUGUCUCCUCCUCUUUCUUCCCUUGUCACGGACAUAAUGUUAGCCUCUACGAUUGCUCCCCUGGCCACUUAUCUCUGCCUUCCCAAUUACAUCUUCUUCACCUCCUCGGCUAAAAUGCUUUCACUCUUCGCCCACUUCCCCACUGUUGUCCACAAAGGGGUUUCUGAUGAUCUCGAUACCAAUUUCAUCAUCCCUGGUUUAGCUCCCUUACCAAAAUCUUGGCUUCCUCCGCCUCUCUUUGACUUGACUCAUAUUUUUACUAGACUUCUGGUUUCAAAUGGUCGAGGGCUCAUCAAGGCCACAGGGAUUUUAACAAACACCUUUCAAUCAUUGGAGGCAGAGACCCUAGCGGCACUCAAUGACGGCAAAGUCUUAAGCGGGCUCCCACCGGUGCUUGCAAUCGGUCCAUUGGAACCAUAUGAGUAUGGACAAGGACCUUGGCUUUCAUGGCUGGACGCCCAACCUGCAGGGUCUGUGGUGUAUGUAAGCUUCGGGAGCAGAACGGCUUUAUCCAAGGAACAAAUCAGGGAGUUGGGUGAUGGUUUGGGGAAGAGUGGGUGCAGGUUCUUGUGGGUAUUGAAGGGGAAGAAAGUGGAUCAAGAGGACGACGUGGAGAUUGAAGAUUUGGUGGGUCAUGAUUUUUUGAAGAGAGUUGAGAACAGAGGACUGGUUGUGAAGGAUUGGGUAGAUCAGUGGGUGAUUCUUGAGCAUGUAGCCAUUGGUGGAUUCGUCAGUCACUGUGGAUGGAACUCAGUGACUGAAGCGGCGUGGCAGGGAGUCCCGGUCCUGGCUUGGCCACAGCAUGGUGACCAAAAGCUUAAUGCUACUGUGGUGGAGAGUAUUGGGUUGGGGUCUUGGGAGGAGAGUUGGGGAUGGGGUGGUGAGGAGUUGAAGGGGGAAGAGAUUGGGAAGCAAAUUAGGGAGCUCAUGGGGAACGAGGAAAUGAAGAAGAAAGCAACCCAGGUUCGAGAAGAAGCUAGGAAAGCUACUGGGAAAGGUGGGAGCUCUGAAAGGGCACUAAUGGAAGUCACAAAGACAAGUAGGAAAAUGGCCUUAUGAAAAAUACGCUUCCACAAGAUCAAUGGGCGAUAGUGGGCAUGUCAAGACUCAAGAUUCAAACCUACAACCAGCUGAUUCAAGUGGUGAUGGGUUGAGGGCAUUUUUACCACUGCUAUCAACCCAAUUGGUAUUUUUUUCUUUAAUAUCUAAUGUUUUUUUCUCUAUCAAAUUUAAUGUUUUUAAUGAACGGAAUCAUGUGAUAUUUUUGG